CGCCCCCUCCUGGUACCUGUGUCCGGAGGGCUGCGAGCGCCAUGGGGACAGCCUCAUCGCUCGUGAGCCCCGCGGGCGGGGAGGUAAUCGAGGACACUUAUGGGGUGGGCGGAGGCGAGGCCUGCGAGAUCCCGGUGGAGGUGAAACCCAAGGCCCGACUGCUGCGCAGCUCGUUCCGCCGGGGCGCGGGAGCGGGAGCCGCGGGGGCCGGGCCCGGGUCGCUGCCCCGCGGGGCGGGCGGCGGCGGGCUGCUGGGGGCCAGCUUCAAGUCCACCGGCUCGUCGGUGCCCGAGCUGGAGUACGCGGUGGCUGAGUACGAGCGGCUGAAGAAGGAGUAUGAGAUCUUCCGGGUCAGCAAGAACCAGGAGUUGCUGUCCAUGGGCCGCCGGGAGGCCAAGCUGGACACGGAGAACAAGCGGCUGCGGGCCGAGCUGCAGGCACUUCAAAAAACUUAUCAGAAGAUACUUCGGGAAAAGGAGAGUGCUUUAGAAGCCAAAUACCAAGCAAUGGAAAGGGCGGCUACAUUUGAACAUGACAGAGAUAAAGUUAAAAGGCAAUUCAAGAUUUUUAGGGAGACCAAAGAAAAUGAAAUUCAGGACUUACUGAGAGCCAAGCGAGAGUUGGAGAGCAAACUUCAGAGGCUACAAGCGCAGGGGAUCCAAGUAUUUGAUCCUGGAGAGUCUGAUUCAGAUGACAACUGUACAGAUGUUACUGCUGCUGGAACCCAGUGUGAAUAUUGGCCUGGUGGAGCCUUGGGAAGUGAACCUUCCAUAGGGAGUAUGAUCCAGCUUCAGCAGUCCUUCAGGGGCCCAGAGUUCGCACAUAGUUCUAUAGAUGUGGAAGGACCCUUUGCAAACGUCAACAGAGAUGACUGGGAUAUUGCUGUAGCUAGUUUAUUACAAGUUACUCCCUUGUUUUCACAUUCUCUAUGGAGUAACACUGUCAGAUGUUACCUCAUUUAUACAGAUGAAACCCAGCCUGAAAUGGAUCUUUUUCUUAAGGACUAUUCACCUAAACUUAAAAGAAUGUGUGAGACAAUGGGAUAUUUUUUCCAUGCUGUAUAUUUUCCAAUAGAUGUUGAAAAUCAAUACCUCACUGUAAGAAAAUGGGAAAUUGAGAAGAGUUCAUUAGUUAUCUUAUUCAUUCAUUUAACUUUACCAAGCCUUUUAUUGGAAGACUGUGAAGAAGCUUUUCUGAAAAAUCCUGAAGGCAAACCACGAUUAAUUUAUCAUCGUUUGGAGGAUGGCAAAGUCAGUUCCGACUCUGUCCAGCAAUUGAUUGACCAAGUUGCCAACCUGAACAAGACCAACAAAGCCAAGAUCAUUGAUCACACAGGAGAUCCUGCAGAAGGUGUAUAUAAAACUUACAGUUAUGUGGAAAAGAUUAUUAAACAGGACAUCCUAGGCUUUGAGAACACAGACCUGGACACUAAGGAUUUGGGCAGUGAAGAUUCUAUUCCAGAAGAAGACGAUUUUGGCGAUGUUCUGUGGGACAUACAUGAUGAACAAGAGCAAAUGGAAACUUUUCAACAGGCUUCAAAUUCAGCCCAUGAGUUGGGAUUUGAGAAAUAUUAUGAACGCCUCAAUGAUCUAGUGGCAGCACCAGCACCAAUUCCACCCCUGCUCAUAUCUGGAGGACCAGGCUCUGGAAAGUCUCUGCUUUUAUCAAAGUGGAUUCAAUUACAACAGAAGAAUUCCCCUAAUACACUAAUUCUUUCUCAUUUUGUGGGGAGGCCCAUGUCAACCAGCUCAGAGUCUUCCUUGAUUAUUAAACGACUUACUCUAAAGCUGAUGCAGCACUCUUGGUCAGUGUCCGCUCUGACCCUGGAUCCUGCGAAGCUUCUGGAAGAAUUUCCUCGUUGGCUGGAAAAACUCUCUGCGCGUCAUCAAGGCAGCAUCAUCAUCAUUAUUGAUUCUAUAGAUCAAGUUCAGCAAGUUGAAAAACACAUGAAAUGGCUGAUAGAUCCCCUGCCAGUGAAUGUAAGAGUAAUUGUUUCUGUGAAUGUAGAAACAUGCCCUCCAGCAUGGAGGUUGUGGCCUACACUUCAUCUUGAUCCUUUAAAUCCAAAAGAUGCAAAAUCUAUUAUAAUUGCAGAGUGCCACUCUGUAGACAUUAAAUUGAGUAAAGAGCAGGAGAAGAAGCUAGAACGACAUUGUCGUUCUGCUGCAACCUGCAAUGCCCUUUAUGUCACCCUUUUCGGCAAAAUGAUUGCAUGUGCUGGGAAAUCAGGCAAUUUAGAUAAAAUUCUUCAUCAGUGUUUCCAGUGUCAAGAUACAGUUUCAUUAUACAGACUUGUUCUGCGAUCCAUCCAGGAGUCCAUGGCGAAUGAUAUGGAUAAAGAACUCAUGAAACAGAUUCUCUGCCUCAUAAAUGUUAGUCAUAAUGGUGUAAGUGAAUCAGAGUUGAUGGAACUCUAUCCAGAGAUGUCCUGGGCUGUCUUGACCUCCCUUAUUCACAGUUUACACAAACUGUGUUUGUUGACUUAUGGUUGUGGCUUGCUCAAGUUUCAACAUCUACAGGCUUGGGAAACAGUGAGACUAGAGUACAUGGAAGAUGCCACCAUUAUUUCUUCUUAUAGGCAGAAGCUAAUCAACUACUUCACUAUGCAGCUAAGUCAGGACCCAGUGACCUGGAGAAGCGCAGAUGAACUCCCGUGGCUUUUUCAGCAGCAGGGAAGUAAACAGAGGCUGCACGAUUGUCUUCUCAAUCUCUUUGUGUCUCAAAACCUUUAUAAAAGAGGACACUUUGCUGAGUUGCUGAGCUACUGGCAGUUUGUGGGCAAAGACAAAAGCGCGAUGGCAGCUGAGUACUUUGAUUCACUGAAGCAGUAUGAGAAAAACUGUGAGGGCGAGGAGAACAUGAUGUGCUUAGCAGAUCUCUAUGAAACCCUGGGGCGCUUCCUCAAGGACCUGGGCCUGCUCAGUCAGGCUGUGGUACCUUUGCAGAGGUCUCUAGAAAUUCGAGAAACAGCUUUGGAUCCAGAUCACCCGAGGGUAGCUCAGUCCCUUCACCAGUUGGCAAGUGUGUAUGUGCAGUGGAAGAAGUUUGGCAACGCAGAGCAACUGUACAAACAGGCAUUAGAAAUCUCUGAAAACGCCUAUGGCGCAGACCAUCCACAUAUUGCUCGUGAACUUGAGGCACUUGCAACUUUGUACCAGAAACAAAAUAAAUAUGAACAAGCUGAACAUUUUAGGAAAAAAUCCUUUAAGAUUCGUCAAAAAGCUACAAGGAGAAAAGGCAACUUGUAUGGAUUUGCCCUUUUGCGUAGACGGGCCCUACAGUUAGAAGAGCUUACCUUAGGUAAGGACACACCGGACAAUGCUCGGACCCUCAAUGAACUGGGUGUUCUCUACUAUCUUCAGAAUAACUUGGAAACAGCUGACCAGUUCCUGAAACGUUCCUUAGAAAUGAGGGAGCGCGUUCUGGGACCAGAUCACCCUGACUGUGCCCAGUCUUUGAAUAACCUGGCGGCUCUAUGCAAUGAAAUGAAACAGUAUGAUAAGGCGGAAGAACUUUAUGAAAGAGCUUUAGACAUUCGGAGACGAGCGCUAGCUCCUGAUCACCCUUCUUUGGCUUACACAGUGAAGCAUCUCGCAAUCUUGUAUAAGAAAAUGGGGAAACUUGACAAAGCUGUACCUUUGUACGAGCUGGCUGUUGAAAUCAGGCAGAAAUCCUUUGGCCCAAAGCACCCUAGUGUAGCUACUGCCUUGGUGAACUUAGCUGUUCUCUAUAGCCAAAUGAAAAAACACAUUGAAGCCUUGCCACUGUAUGAAAGAGCAUUAAAGAUUUACGAAGACAGCCUGGGUCGGAUGCAUCCUCGAGUUGGAGAAACUUUAAAAAAUUUAGCUGUGCUCAGCUAUGAAGAAGGGGAUUUUGAAAAAGCUGCUGAACUAUACAAAAGAGCGAUGGAAAUAAAAGAAGCAGAAACGUCACUUUUGGGUGGGAAAGCUCCUUCCCGACACUCAUCGAGUGGAGAUACAUUUAGUGUAAAAACAACCCAUUCUCCUAAUGUUUUCCUUCAUCAAGGACAAAGGUAGUAGGAGCAAUCACAAUUCACUGCAAAUGCAUAUUAGAAGAAAAUAAUGAAAAAACAUUUGGGACAUUAGAAUUUAAAACUUACUAAAAAUGUUUUUAAGAAAUUUUAUUUUUACUUUGUCUGAUUUAAGUGGUAUUUGUAUUAAAUUGUAUUGGGCUACAUUGAAGUUUGAGUCAUGAUUAUGUCCAUUUUAGUUAAAAGAGUUAACUUCCCAGUUGUGUGGGAUCCAGGGCUGCAGACGCUAGAAUCCUAAGAUGCCAUGAAGAAUAAGUUGGUCUCUAUUCAACAAGAGCUGGCAGAGCAGUUAUGCAGGGAGUUCAAGAACUGCAAGAUUCGUUUCAUCUCUCAUAAGUACUUUACCUCACCAUUCCUUAUGUUCCUUUUCAGCAGUAGUCUGGCCCAGUUCUCUACCUCAAAGAAAAGUUUCAAGGAAUAAAGGGAUAAUGUUUAUGAAAAGUAUGAAUUGUCUUCUGUAAAAUGACUAGUAACAAGAAUCUCUGUUACUUUUUUUUUUUUUUUUUCAAAUUCUACCUUUUCCUUGAGCAGAUUGGGCCAAGUCCUCUGCUUUCUGUGCUCUGUACAUUGUAUGUUAUUUGUCUGUGUAGUAUAUAUCUGCAUAAUCUGAAGUCAUUAAUGCAACAAAUCAAGCUUGUUGGCAUUCUUUGGCCUUACCCAAAAUAUGGACGUGACAUUCUCUUCUUUUUUCUUAAAUGGCCUAAAUCUAUCUCAUUUAUCUCCAACUCAAAUUAGUCUGCCUUUUAUACUGAAAAUUAAAUAUUUUUUAUAGCUUUUGUAAAUAUUGCCACAUUUUGGAUAUUAUUUUGUACCAUCCAUGUAUUUAUAUACAAUAAAAUCUUUAAUUUUAAUACUUGGUAAAAGACAUAAUAACCAUACUCCAGUUUUAAAAUAAAAGUACAAUUUUAAGUUCCCCCUUUUCUACUCAAUACAAGAGGGUUAUGUAACUAAGAAGUACAUUACCAAAAGGACUGCAUGUUGUUACUACUCGCUGAGUAGUUUGCUCCACUUGAGCUUUGGUGACUGUAUAGGCUUUUGGUGAUUUUAAGGCCUGGCUACUCACAGGGUGGUCCAUGAACCACCAUCUGGAAGCUUGCUAAAAAUUCACUCUUGAGAUUCUCCCCAGACAUACUAAAUCAGAAUCAAUUUAGCUAGAUCCUUGGAUGAUUCAGAUGCACAUAAAAAAGCAAUGGUCUAACUCUCAGGCACUACAGUGGUGACUGAAAAGAAAUUAGGUAGGGUCUUAUAAAGCAAACAGCCUUCUUCCCCCUCUUUUGAGAGACAUUCAAGGGGGGG